AAAUAUGGGAAGUGUUCAAAUUUUGCUCACUAAACAUUAGUAAUUACUUCCUCCGUUCCUUAAAGUCGUUUCCUUAUUAACUUUUUAGGAAAUUAAGGGAGAGAUAUUUUGGUGUUGACUUUCCAAAAAUAUCCUUGAUGUGAUGGGUAAAGUUAUUGGAUAUUUAAACAAACAAUUAAAUUGAAACAAAGAAUGGAAUACUGGAAAAUCAUGAACAAUCUUUUUCUUGUCACGACCAUGGUUCUAGUGGCGUUCAUGGUAACCCGUCCAGAGGCGGCGGGCGACGCGGAGACAUCGUCAAAAAGGAAGCUGAUCGUGGUGACAAACAACCACACGAGCUACCUGAGCCUCAGGUGCUUCUCAUUCGACAAUGCCUUCGACGUGCAGCACCUGAACUCAUGGGAGCAGUUCAAGUUCAUGGUGGAUGUUCGGGUGAUUUUCCCCUCAGCCACCAUGUGGAACUGUUCCACUAACAUGGGCACGUUCGUGGCCUUUCGCCACGACUACGCCUGCAGCAACCACCCGUCCAACACGUGUCAGUGGAGGUUCGACGAGCACAUGACCUAUGUUUAUGACCCCACGGUGGCCCUUUGGGUUGCCGUGGAGUACAACCCUAACUAUGAAUCACUCAAUAGGGGUGGUGUUAUAAGAGGGUAUUAUGUGAAUUAGUCAAUCCAAAGUCUUGGUUGUGUGUAUUAUUAAAUUUGUAAUUAAGCAUUUUACAAAUCAUAUUGUCAAAUGUAUAUUCAAAUGAGACCUGUAUAUAUUGUUUUUUUGCUCUAGUUUUUAAUUGGGGAAAUGAAAUCUUUUUUUUCUUCUCUUAAAUCUUAAUGCCUUGCAAAAUGUCCGGUUUGUGACCCUAACAUAUUAUUUUAGUCGUAUCUACUUAUAAACCUAUGACAAGUGUUUGGAACUUGUUAACAAAAGUGAGAUUUGUAAAGAAAAUGGAGAUUAAUUA